AUGCUUGACUGGCAAACCCGCAUUCGUGACCCUGUCGAGCCUGACUCCCCCUCUACUCAGUCGGAAUCGACCCGAGCAUCCUCCGCCCACCCUAUGCAUCCUCCAGAGGCCACCACCGCACCCCGCACCUUCGAUCCCGAUGCUUCGUUGGUGCUGGUGGGCAUUCGCGGCUGUGGAAAGCGCUCGCUCGGCUUUGUCGCAGCUACGGCCCUCAAACGACGAUUUAUAACCGAAGAUCACUACUUCAAGGAGGUGACCGGAGUCACGCGACACGAAUAUUUGAAGAGCCAUGGCAGUCAAGAAUUCCAGCGCCGCGACAUUGACGUGUUGAAACAGAUGCUGGAUAAUCACAAGACAGGAUGUGUCGUCGAGUGCGGACUGGGAAGUCUGACUCGGCCUGUCCAGGACCAUCUACGUCGCAUCACUCAGGUCUGCCCGGUGGUGCAUGUCCUACGCGACAUCGACCGCAUUCAAGAACUUCUAGGACUGGAAGAUCAGUCAAUACGACUACUGCGGGAAGGAGACCCAUUGCACCGUACAUGCUCCAAUUUCGAGUUCUACAAUCUGGAAGACCGAACACGCUUUGUUGCCGAAGAUGGAAGCCCCGACCCACGAUCGGCUGCUUAUUCUUUCAAGCUGCAAGAGGUCAAGGAAGACUUGACCCGCUUUGUACGAUUUGUUACCGGGGUCGAUGUGAACCAUUCGAGCCACGACUCGCCCUUUGUCUUGCUAGAAACACCCCCCGAGCUUCGACGCUUCACCCAUGCUGUCCUUGUUCGAUCCUCGGACCUGAUUGACGACAAUGUGAAUCUUCAGGAAUUAGAAUCCGGGGGAGAUGCAAUUGAAUUAUGUGUCGACCGCUGGGACUCAGAUAUGGCAGCUAUAAUCAGUCAACAAGUCGCAGUUUUGCGCCGGAAUUCUCGCACGCCCAUUAUUCUCUCGGUGGAUAUGACAACGUCUGGACUUGGCCGACGAGAUCAAUCAAAUUCAUUUUAUUUCGAUAUUUUGGAACAGGGGUUGCGUCUGGCAGUGGAAUAUUUGGUUGUCGAUCUUGGAAAAAACCGCGCCCAGCUCGCGCAGGUCGUUCGUGCUCGGGGCAAUACCAAAAUCAUUGGUCAGCAUGUCUUUGAAGCAACCUCCCGGGUCAAAUGGACCGAUGAUGGUUGCGUGACACUAUACAAUGAAGCAGAGAAGCUUGGUUGUCAGAUAGUGCGUCUUCUCCGCGUCGCAACAAAUCGUGAUGAGAAUGCGGCUGUUCUGGAGUUCUCCAACAAAAUCCACGCCUUGCCCGGAGAUCACGCGCCCUUAAUCGCUUACAACAUUGGACGUCUUGGACGGACAUCUCAAGUGUUUAAUUCGAUUUUGACCAAUGUCACCCAUCCAGCAAUCACUCGCCCAACCGAAAAUGAGCGCGAUCCUUUAAUUACAUCCCGCGACGCCGUUAAAGCCCUUUUCCAAAGCUACGUUCUUGAUCCGCUGAAGUUUUGCAUCCUUGGUUCCAGCGUCGCCUACAGUCUAUCCCCCUUCAUGCACAAUGGCGCCCACCAACAUUCCGGUAUGAGCCAUACCUAUCGCAUCCCUGAUUCUCCUUCCCUCGACAUAUUGGAUGAAUUGCGUCGAGAUCCAAAUUUUGGCGGCUCAAGUGUUGUUCAACCAUGGCGUGUGGAGCUUUAUCAUAAACUUUCAGCGAAAAGCCGACACGCCGAAGCCAUUGGCGCCAUUAAUACUAUCAUGCCCUUGCGGGGUCCCUCAGAAGGAGGAAUGUACUCGCUUCAGGAGCAAGCCAGCCGACGCAACCAGGCAGGUCCGGUGCUAGGAUGGUAUGGCGAGAAUACAGACUGGGUUGGCAUUAUGACCUGUAUCAACCGUCACCUUUCUCCUCGCAACGCUAUCAGUGCGAAAACAACGGGCUUGGUGAUUGGUGCUGGUGGUAUGGCCCGAUCGGCUAUCUAUGCCAUGCUUCGCAUGGGCUGCCGCAAAAUCUUCAUCUUUAACCGAACUCUAUCCCGAGCCGAAGAGGUGGCACGUCACUUCAACUCAUGGGCAUCGUCCCAAGUUGAUUCGGUCGAGGUAGUGCGAGUAUUAAAGUCAACACAGGAUGAUUGGCCCGAUGACUCCAAUCCCCCGAGUAUCAUCGUCUCUUGUGUGCCGGCCGAUCCUGAUCAGGAUGAAGCCCCUGCCAACUUUGAGAUGCCCCUGCAGUGGCUUGGUAGUCCCACUGGGGGUGUUGUAGUAGAGCUUGCCUAUAAACCGCUAGAUACACCGUUGUUGAAACAGAUGCGUCGGAUCAGAACUGACACCGGCCGGUCCUGGGUGUUAUCCGACGGACUAGAAAAUGUUAUUGAGCAGGGUAUUGCGCAGUGGGAGCUGAUGACCGGCCGCAAAGCCCCUCGCCGGCUGAUGACCCUGGAGGUCCUCCGGAACUACGAGGGAGAAAGUGGACGAUUUGAUGAAAAGACGAUUCAGGCCCGGUUGGACGGUGUUUGUUCGUAG